UUUUUUAAAUUUUAUUUUUUUUCUCAACUUGGAGGGGAAAUGAUUCAAAUGAAAAUUAAAGCCAAAUUCCCCAAUAUAACGACAACAGUUCCAACAGCUACGGAAACCCAACUUUUGCAACUUUGGAUGACCGAUUUGGCAAAAAAUGGAAUUAAUGUAAAAUCACAUAUUAGGCUGUUUGUUUAUGAAUUUGUUAAAUAUGUGGGGAAUGAUACAAGUCUUUUGGUUAAACGUUUUGCUGGUGAUAGAAUUCAAGAAGUCCAUAAAUGGUUAGAUUUUGAAAGAGACAAAGCCUUGUCUAUUGGAAAAGAAUUGGACCGUGCAAAUACAGAGGCUUUGGCUAUUGUGAAGUCUGACCUGUUUAAAUAUAUUUCGCAUUCAAAUGACCCUGAUGCUCUUCCUUGGCUGCUUUCGAUUAUUUCUCGUUGUAAAGAAGACGACCCUCAAUCUUUUGCUGAGCUUCACUUAAACAACUUAACUUCUACCCAAUUUUAUUCUCAACUUUAUUCCGGCGACGACCCUUUUAAAGUGGACAGAAUACGUGCAGUACUGGAACCAAGACAUAUUUUUGAAUGGUUUAAAAAUAAAGGGAUGAGUGAAUAUGAGGAUUUGUUGAGAAGAAUUGAAAUGAUUUAUGUUGCUCAAAAUCAGGCGAAGAGAGAAAUCGAAGCUGCUGCCUGUCUGUUCAUUCGUGGAUUGGCCCAUUGUUCUGAUAUUGAAAAUUCAACGCUAGAAUUUGGGGAUUGGUAUUACGAAUUUAUUGAAGCUUUGUUAAGUCAUGGAGACUGCCGAUUUUUUGCACGUUUGAUUGAUCCAAAUUAUGCUGAUUCUUUAGAUAAAUGGAAAGCAAAGAAAAUGGUAGCGGCAGGUAUUAUGAAACCAGAAUUGCUUGAAUAUUUAAUUGGAGAUGAGGAGGAAAUUACUGAACCUAGAAAUCAAAUUAAUUAUUUAAAUAAUAGAAGUUCAAGUAUUGAAUCCUAUGAACCUGAACAAUACGAUUUACGUCCAUAUCAAAACGAAUUGGUUUUGCAUGCAAAUAAUGGAAGAAAUACAAUUAUAUGUGCCCCAACAGGAAGUGGAAAAACUUUGGUAGCUGUUGAUAUAAUUAAAAAUCAUUUGUCUAAUAGACAUAGAGAUGGGAAAAUUGGAAGAUGUGUAAUGCUCGUCCCAACAGUCCCUCUAGUUGAUCAACAGGCUCUUCAUUUUGUCCAAUUUCUUAUGGAUUACAAAGACAAUUAUCGUCCAAAUAUAGCCUACUGGGUUGAUGGCUUUAGUGGUUGUGAAAAUAUUCCUGAAGGAAGGGCUGAUCGUUUGUUGGCUGCAGACAUUGUUGUUAUGACACCUCAAAUAUUAAUAAAUAUGUUAGAAAGCAUUUUACGUUCUGAACGUGUCUAUUUUGCUGAUUUUACUUUAAUGAUUUUUGAUGAAUGCCACCAUGCGACAAAACUACACCCAUACAAAAUACUUAUGGAAAUGCUCGAAAAAAGCAAAAUAAAAGAAAAACCACAAAUUGUAGGCCUAACAGCUUCAAUGGGUGUAGGCGAUACAAGUUUGGAUAUUAAUGCUUGUUAUCAACACAUGCUUAAUUUAUGUUCAAAUUUACAUUCUGAAACAAUUAGUACAGUUAGGCAUCAAUUGGAUAAUUUAAAAAGUCAUGUUAUGCCUCCGGUUGAUGUUGUAACACGUGUUAAACGCCCUGCGAAUGAUCCUUUCCUUGAUUAUGUUGAACGAGUAAUGUAUAAAAUUGAAAAUGAAAUGAAGCCACACUUGCCAAAAUUGGCAGAAAUGUGUAAAUUGAAAAAAGAAGAAAUUGAAUUUCCCCUUCAUUCAAAUAAUUCUCGUUAUCAAACAGUUGUUGGAACUCUUAAAAAGUCUGCUCAACGAGUUCAGGAUUCUGAAAUGAGAUUUUUGUUGGUUAGAUCAAUUGAUCAUUUGUCUCAUUAUUUCCACUCAAUUUUAAUUAAUGAUUUAUUACCAAGUUCAUAUGCUUUUUAUUAUUUACAAGAAAAAAUGAGUGAUUAUAAACAGAAUUCUGGUGGUUCUAGCCAUAUUGAUGUAAUUAAUCAAAGAUUACUUGGUUAUUAUCAAGAUUUACAAAAGAAAUUAAUCGAAUGUGUUAGAAACGAAAAACUUCAAAAUAAAGAAAUUCUUAAAGAAUUACAUCUUAUUCUUAAAAAACAAUUUAAAUCUGAUCCAAAUUCUCGUUGUUUAAUUUUUGUUGCUACAAGAAAUUGUGCUUCUAAACUUGCUGAUCAUCUUAAAAAAGUGCCAGAACUACCAAUUUUUUAUAAUAAAGAGGUGAAAAUUUUUUUUUGCAAAAAAAAUUUCUUGGACCUGGAAAAAAUUUUUAAAGGAAUUUUUUGGCCAUAAAAAUGUUCAAAAAAAUUUUUGGAGCGAAACAAAAGCCUCCAACCGAAUACAACCGUUGGGCGAGACCAUUGAAACUAAUAUUCAGGGACUGGUCCCAACUAUUAAAUGGUUUCCGGUCCAAGAAACAAUAGAAACAAUUAAAAGUACUCUUCGGGAAGAAAGGAUGCGGGUCAGAAUCCUUUACUUCCAUCCCCAACGGGAAACGGCAGCUUUUUAGAAUCGCCCCAAAAUUAUU